GCACACUUCCCACACACUCUCUCUUCAUUCAAUCAUAACAACAACAACGAUUUUCAAUUUUCUCUCUGCGUUUCUUCGUUAACCGAACUCCAAUGGCAUCCAGAUCGAGAAAAUCGAAGCGCAAGCUCGAGCCGGAGCCACAUCCGCUCGUCAUCACCAAGAAGCUCCGGCAGAAGCUCCCUCGCCGGCGCCGUCAAAACAUCUCGCCAGUGCUCCUCGUCGGCAUCUCCGCCCAGAAUCCUCGUUUCUCCGUCGAUUCCAGCUCCGUCUCCGACUUCGCCGUAGGCGAAGCCUCGUGCAACUCCAGCAGAGCCUCCGUCGCCGGCAAGGGAAACAUAAACUCGAGAAACGAAUUCUCGACCGAUUCAACGAGAAAUCGGAGAUUCGAGAAGCGGAACGAGAACGAAGUUGAGGUGUCGGAGUCUUCGUGCGUUGACUCUGCUUCGUUCGCGAGCGAACGUAACAGAAGCUUGAUUCUGAAGUUUAAAAGAGAAGAUAAGAAUCUAAACGAAAACGACGACGUUUCGGAAGCGUGCACGAAAUCUGAGAUUACUACUGUUCUGAAGUUCAAAAGCGGAAGCGAGACUAAGAAUGCAAAAGAAGACGACGACGUUUGGUGCGCGAAGUCAGAGAUUACUUGUAGCGAGGAACAGUUCAAUUCAAACUCAAAGUCCUCCGGUAACGGUAACGGAAACAUAAAAGUCUCUUCGGAUUCAAACGCAAACGACUUCGUGUCGUUUAGUUCCGGUGUUCGCGCGUCGUCGUUUCAUGAGGAAGCGAACAGAAACAAGGAAAACACUAAAAACAGAGCAUCGGAAUCUGAAUACUCUGAAGUUUCUAGAAGCCUCCACGUGGAAGAGAAUUGCGCUGAUUUAAUAGCGCAAUCGAUGACGAAGGAGGAUUCGGAUGUAUACGACGUCGUUGCGGAUCUCGCUUGCUCUGAGGAUCUGCGUUUCUCGUACUGCAACGACGACGACGACGACAACGAAUCGGAGUACUGUUCGAGUCAGGGAACCGUGUUAUCCGAAUUUCAUUCCGAGCUUUUCGGCGAAUGCUCGCAGAAUGAGCUUUCGGAUUACUGUCCGUCGUCGCUGUUCGUGGAUUCCGGAAGCCAGUUUUCGGAAGGAUCCGUCGGAGAAACUCCUUCGCCGACGCAUUUGUUGUUCCUUCAGUACAGCAAGGAGUUCGCAGAGCUAGUUUCUGCUCCUCCGUUGAAGAACGCUUCAAACGUUGAAGAUGUUGUCAAUUUUGUGAGAUUUGAAGAUUUGGAUGACGAAGACAGCUACCAGAUGCUGAGGAAGAGGGAGAGGAGGCAAGGCUAUGUGUUGAAUUAUGGUGAUGGAUAUUUCUCUACCACUGAAUUCGGAGACACCGUGAUUGAGCAACGUGCGCAAAUGGUUCACUGGAUCAUUGAGCAAUCUUGUCGAAGACAGCUUCGGCAAGAGACUCUGUUUCUUGGAGUCAACCUACUUGAUCGUUUCCUAAGCAAAGGAUACUUCAAAGCCAAAAGAAACCUUCUAAUUGUUGGAAUAGCUUGCCUCACGUUAGCGACCAGGAUCGAAGAAAAUCAGCAAUACAACAGAGUGGGGCAAAAAAAUUUCUACAUAGGAAGCAAUGUGUACAGUAGAAGCGAGGUGGUAGCUAUGGAAUGGGUGGUGCAGGAGGUGCUCAAGUUUCAGUGCUUUCUGCCUACCAUCUACAAUUUCUUGUGGUAUUACCUAAAAGCAGCUAAUGCUGAUGCAGUCGUUGAGAAGAGGGUCAAGUAUCUGGCAGUGCUGGCACUGUCAGGUCAUGAGCAACUGUGCUACUGGCCUUCAACAGUUGCUGCAGCACUUGUAAUCCUGGCUUGUCUUGAAUUCAAUCAAAUUUCAUCCCACAAAGUCAUAGGGAUUCACGUUAGAUCAAAAGAUGAGAAUUUGUACGAAUGCAUAGAGAGCCUGGAGUGGGUGUUACGCUUUCCUGGAUAGCAUACUAGUUGGCGUGGAGGCAUUAGUUAUACAAUUCAGUUUGGUGACGAUGGUUCCUAACCAUCAGAAGACAGAAUGGCUUUCUUAUGCCUGGUUGAUUCUUCAUUAAUACAGAAUAAAUUCCAUUUGUUUCCCUACCUGAGAGGAAGGGAAUUCUAUUUUUUUUUUCCUAUGUAACUAUAUUGAUUUUUCAGUAUAUCGAUAUAGAAGAAAAACAUAUACACAUUUUUUCAGAAGCCGUGAGAACCUUACAACAGACAGGAAACUCAGCUGUUAACUGUUAAUGACCUACAAAGAUAUUACAGGGUUAUACAAAAGUUAUCUAGCAUUAUACUAUGUAAUUCUUUCUUUUGUCU